CUCUCACCCAGUGACUCUAAUUGAGACAAACAAUACUCCCUCACCCAUACAAAUUCACUGCUUGUCCCUGGUAUCCAAGGGCCAACUCAUCUCAUUUGAUAUCUUGUCUAUCCCACGAUUGCAUAUAUUUGGCUGGCUCACAAAGCAACCUGCCCAAGCAGUCGAAUUUACCCCCUCGCCAUCGCCGCUGCCUUUCCUCCCACCAGCCAGUCAACCAACGCAACUUGUUAUCCUUACAUUCUCCUGAUCAGUCUUUGUAAUAACACAACCCGUCGAUAAGCCUCAAAUUCAACCCCAAACCCACCAAAACAUUCACCUCAAGACCCCGACCCAAACCUAGCGCCUCCGCAAGACGUCCAGAUGCGGAACCCAUUGGUCCCUCAUCCCUUCUUGUCAUGACUGCGACACUAUCGAGCCUAGAGCGUCAACUACGCCAGGCUCUGUGUGAUCUUCCUAGCAAGUUCGGCUACCAUUAUUCCGAAACUGCCAAACAUGCUCUCCUGAGCGACCUUUUCUGGGCUCUGACCAACGAUCGCCCCGAUUACUUCGAUGCCCUCUUUCCCAAUGGUCUUCCAGAGUCACACAAAUUGCAAGAUGCUCAGGGUUCUCAAGAGAAUGCAGAAUACACCGCAGCUGCUAGGGGCCACCCCUGUGGGCAUAUCUUCAAGAUGGGCGAAGCAAGUUAUCACUGCAGCACAUGCACUGACGACACGACUGCCGUUCUUUGUUCCCGCUGCUUCGUCUCUAGUGACCACGAAGGCCAUCAAUACACCAUUGGCAUCAGUGCAGGCAACAGUGGCUGCUGUGACUGUGGCGACGAUGAAGCCUGGAAGCGACCUGUCAAGUGUGCCAUUCACACCGCAAUGGAGCCCGUGGAGACAGACCAAUCCCCCGCUACUCUCGUCCCCCAAGAUCUCCAAACAAGCAUACGGACAACGAUAGCCACCGUGCUAGACUACUUUUGCGAUGUUAUUUCUUGUUCCCCGGAAAAUCUGCGCAUGCCCAAAACCGUAGACUCCGUCACCCAGGAUGAGAUUAGGAGUCGCUUAAGUCCCGAGCAAUACAUCUCAGGCGACGAGAUUGAGACCAAUCCCGAGUUCUGCCUGACCAUCUGGAACGAUGAAAAGCACACAGUUCGCGAAGUCCAGUCCCAGGUGUCCAGAGCAUGCCGUGAGCGGGAAAGAUUUGGCCUGGCCAAAGCCGAAGAAGCACACGAGGUCGGUCGCUCAGUGAUUCGACAUUCCCGUAACCUGGAGGAGUUGACUCAAAUGGCCAAGAUCAUCGAGGAAAUCAAGAUCACAGUCACCAUUCGAUCCUCGAGAGAUACAUUCCGAGAACAGAUGUGUGGCACCAUUAUUGAUUGGCUUGCAGAUAUUGCUUCCUGCACGGUGGCAAACGAUAGUCACAUUUUACGACGCACCAUCUGUGAAGAAAUGCUUCAGCUGUGGAAAGUUGGCAGCAAGGCCUGGAACGCCCAGGUAGGGAGAGAAGAGCUGGAUGAUCACGGCGAUGAGGAUGAUCGCGAGUUUCGACGAAGACAUCGUUUGAGGUUUUUCGAUCCUAUCCAGUUUGCCAUGCAGAGAGCCAUUGCCGCCGAAGCUCUGGAAGAGGACGGACCAAGUGACCCAGAUAACGACUCGGUUGUGCUUGAUAUAAACGAAGAAGAAGAUGAAGAAGAUGACGACGACAAUGGCGACGAUGAGCCUGAUCAAGAAAUGAAUGACUUUAUUCUUCGAGCUGCCGUCUUUGAGGUUGCCGAUUCGGUUCAUGCCCUAGCUGAUCAGCCCGGUGAUACCGAUGCCACGGAUGAUGCAGAAGAAAUGGACACGGAUGGUGAUGGAGACAAUGACGGUGAUGCCGAAUUUCUUGACGUCGCUGAGAGAAUGGAUACAGACCGACCCUCUCCUUUACCACCGCCACCACCACCAAUUCUCCCCUCUCCCGCAGCCGCUCCCCAGAACUUGGGUCCUGACGGCAAUGCCAACUACCGCACCAUCCCCAGAACACCUCUCGCAUCUUCGCGUGUCUCAGACGCUCAUCUCAGCGCCCCCAACCACUGGCUCGUUCUACCUCCUACCCAAGAAUCUCACAAGUCCGAUCUACCUGUCUUCGAGGACCUGACCAAAAACAUCCGAGUAGAUUCCAUGAUUCUGUUCGACCUGCGCUUGUGGAAACUUGCGAGAACUAGCAUUCGAGAUUUAUUCAUCGGCACCUUGGUCAACAUUCCCCAGUUCAAACGCAUCCUCGGUCUCCGCUUUUCCGGACUGUACACAACCCUCGCCCAACUGUAUCUGGUGGCAGACCGAGAACCAGACCAUUCCAUCAUCAAUCUAUCCCUGCAGCUACUAACCACACCAUCCAUUACCGAAGAGGUCAUUGAACGCGGGAACUUCCUAACAAACCUUAUGGCCAUACUAUACACAUUUCUCACUACUCGCCAAGUUGGAUUCCCGAAGGAUCUCAAUCCAGCAGCUACACUCGGCUUCGACGCAGGCUCUGUUGCCAAUCGCCGCUUGUAUCACUUUUUCUCUGACCUCCGCUAUUUUUUGGGUUCGUCGUUUGUGCAGUCCAAAGUGCGCACCGAGCCACAAUACCUCUUUCAAUAUCUUGACCUCGCAAAACUGUCUCAAGGCAUUUGUCCCAACGUUCGUGCGGUCGGAGAUCACGUCGAAUAUGAAACCGACGCUUGGAUUAGUGCAUCCCUUCUGACUCGAGAUAUCAACAAACUAUGCCGACAGUACGCCGAGGCUUACCAUGUGUCUAAGUCAAGUGACGCCGCAGCUAUCGAAGCGACUUGUGAGGCGAUUACUCACGCGGCGGGAGUUGCAAUAAUAAAUUCUAUCGGCCUCGAGAGGGGCAGGUUCAGUUCAGCCGAGAUCAAAGAGGCGAUUCAGUUCCACCAGGUCGGACCAUUUGGAGGCGUGGCUUCCGAGACCUUUUCUGUCGUCAAAUUUGCAGUAGAGACUGGUUCGCUCAGUUUCCAUCACCCUCUCCACUAUACACUGUCGUGGCUUCUCGAAUGCGGUAAGGACGCACCGGGAUCUGUCACUGCGCUGAGAGAAGCAGCCAAGUCGGUCAUUACUCACCUCCAUGAGAACCCCGUACCUUUCCGUGAUACCGCGCUUAAAAACGUUCUACAAGACGUCGAUGAUGCCCUUCUCGCCACAUUCGACUACCCUCUUCGCGUAUGUGCCUGGCUUGCUCAGAUGAGAGCAAAUCUAUGGGUUCGAAAUGGCAUGAGCUUGCGGCACCAAAUGGUCCAGUACAAGAGUGUGGCGCACCGAGAUGUCGGUCACCACCGUGAUCUGUUCCUUUUACAAGUCGCGCUUGUGACGUGUGACCCAGCCCGCGUCCUCGCAUCAAUUGUCGAUCGUUUCGGUCUUACUGGAUGGUACUCAAAUAAUUUCACAUCAUUGGACAUAUGUGAGGAUCACCAAAUGAUUGAUCUAGCCGAAGAUUUUAUCUACUUGUUGAUCAAUUUAUUGUCUGAUCGAGACGCACUCGUCUCGGAUCGCGAAGAUGUCGAGUCCCAGUUGCUGGCUGUACGAAAGGACAUUGCACACACUCUGUGUUUCAAAGCACUAUCGUUUUCAGAUUUGUGCGCUCGCCUGACUGAGCGUGCACAGGAUCACGAGCACUUGCAAGAUGUACUUGACGAAAUGACGAGGUACCGUGCUCCAGAAGGACUGCACGACUCUGGACUUUUCGAAUUGAAGGAAGAGUAUCUGCAAGAGCUCGAUCCCUACAAUUCUCAUUUCACAAAGAACCAACGAGAUGAGGCGGAAAACAUCUACAAAGAAUGGAUGGCAAAGAAACUCAAGAAGUCGCCCGAGGACAUCGUUCUGGAACCAAAAUUACGCCCUAUCCAGUGCGAAGGUUAUCGUGAUCUCUGCGCGAUUGUUCAUACCCCGUUGUUCGCUACUAUCGUCCACAAAACGCUCUUCUACGUUGCAGUGGGCUACAAAUCGAAGAACGGUGUCCAGACGACCCGUGUCGAGGCAUAUCUUCACAUUCUUCUGCAAUUGGUGCUCAUCGCAACAUUGGAAGACUGUGCCAGGCCUGCAAUUUCUGAAGACCAGCAGUCUUUUGUGCGCAACGCGUUGUCCAUGACCCUCGAUGGCCCAAGUGGCUCCAAAACCACGACUAUCGGGCUUUUGCAUGAUAUCUGGCAGGCUGACCAUUUCAGCUCUUGCAGAAGCAAAGUGCGGCACAUCCUGAGAUUGUUCAACCAGAAAUUGCCACACGAAUUUCUAGAGGCCACCAAGAGCUUUUCAGCCCCUGCUGGUCGGUUUGAUACUGCCUCUCCGGCCAAUGUGGAAAGUGAGAUCGAGGCGAAGAAGAAGCAAGCACUCGAGAGAAAGGCGAGAGUGAUGGCACAAUUCCAACAACAACAGCAAAGUUUUAUGGAUAAACAAGGCGUGAUAGACUGGGGCGAUGAAGAACUGGACUCGCCUGACGAUGAAUUACCACGAUCGACCGAGGCUCGGCAUUGGAAAUAUCCUUCGGGCCUGUGUAUACAGUGCAGAGAAGAUACAACAGAUUCACGGCUAUAUGGCACAUUUUCUAUGGUCACCGAUGCUCAUGUCCUUCGACAAACAAACCUGGCCGAUGAGGACUUUGUGGGAGAACUCUUCAACAUGCCCGAGCACAUGGAUCGGUCAAUUGAACAUAUGCGACCAUUCGGCGUUUCGGGAGCCAACCAUGUCAAGAUCAAGCGCCUGACGACGAAUGGAAAGGAGGAGACGGUAGACUAUCAAGGUCUUGGAAAGGGAUGGCCACACGGACAUACAAUGAACGGCACCGUGUCGACAAGCUGUGGUCACAUUAUGCAUUUCAGCUGUUUUGAGAACUAUUUCCAAUCAGUCGCUAGGAGACACACUCAACAAGUGGCCCGAAAUCACCCAGAACGGAUUGUAAUGAAAGAGUUUGUCUGCCCUCUAUGCAAAGCGUUGGCCAACACAUUCUUGCCCAUCCUGUGGAAACAUACGCAGCAAGCUUAUCCUGGACCUUUGUCAGUGUCUCAAGACUUUGAGUCCUUCAUGGUUGGAGAUUUCUCCCAGUUUAUUCCGUCAUCCAGUCCAAGCCACGAACACCAGUUCCAGCAUUCGGCAUCACUGAUGUACCGCCGAACGUUGACCUCGUUUUCCAAUACCUCACUCUCACCUGCCAUUGCUCGUUGGCAAGCUGGAGAACUGGUGAUAAGCCCAACGAGCUCUUCCUGGAAUGGUCCCGAGCUAGGGGCUUUCAAGGAACUUGCUAAUAUCUACACUCGACUACGAGAGUCAUUCACUGUGGUUUCGCGCACAACCCGGGAGAAACACUCAAGCGAGACCUCCUACCAGCAUCCGCUGAACCAAUACCAUCUCCUGGUGGAAACACUCGGGAACACUAUAGCGUCGGUGGAGAUUGGACACCGUGGUAGAGAGGCCGACUUUGGGACGUCGUUAUUGACCAGCGUGCCUCAACAGACUUUAAGUCAUCUUCAAAUUCUGUCAUCGACAUUGAGGGCCUACGCAGCGGUCGGCCCAUUGACUGAGCGUGCUCCGGCAGUUGAAUUGCAUUUCAGAAAGCUGUGUGAGAGAACCGACCUACAACUCGCUGGUAAAGCGCAAGCUCAUUUCCAGGAGGACGAAGCUGCGCCACCAUUGCUCAUUGUUGACGGAUUUCAGUUUCUUGUACAAAUGACGAUGGUGUUGUGCCCGAUUCGCAAAUUGGAGCUACGGCACGUUUUGCAACUAUGCUUAACGGCGGAGCUACUUCGAGUAGUUCUCGCAUACACACUUAACCCUGCGGCUUUGAUCAAAGCUAGCGCAUUGCAUGAUCAAGCAGAGUCGGUCCUUGUCGGUGAUGCAAUUAACGAUGCCCGAGCUACUCAAAGUCUUGUCAAUUGGCUGGGAAAGUUAUUGCAGGAUUCAGGUGCCGAGUCGUCAGACUGGGCAUUCCGUGUUCGACUGUUCUCAGAUCAGAUGUCGCCUCGUGCUGCAAUGAGUCUGUACAAGAUGUGUAAGGCAUACGCGCUGGCGUUUUUGCGAAAAUCGGCCAUUCUAUUCCAUGUCGCUCACGGGAUAGAUUUUCCCAUUACAACGGGAUCCGAGGCUGGGUUGCCGGAGCUUGAUCGUUUGACACAUUUCUUCCAACUCCCCGACCUUGGAGCCAUGUUGGGUGUUUUUGACGAGUAUUCUGGUCACCAUGAGUUGAAGAUGUACGCGACAAGCUGGAUCACUGAUGCAUGCAACUACGCGAAGAUUCUACACAUGAAUGCCCAAAUUCGAUCAACACUUGGCAUUCGACUGUUACACCCUGCGCCUCUGGAGUUGAUUGGACUUCCGAAGUUUUUUGAUGUACUCAUGGAAGAAUCUCACAAAUGGAAAUGUCCAACAACUGGCAAGGAAGUUACCGAUCCGGCUCUGUGCCUGUUCUGUGGGGAGAUAUUCUGCUCGCAGACAGUGUGCUGCCUAACUAAGGAAUUCCGAGGAGGUUGUAAUGCGCAUCUUCAGAAAUGCUCAAGUCCAAUUGGAAUGUUUCUGUUCAUCCGCAAGUGCAACGUGGCACUGUUGCACGUGGUUAAAGACCCCAGAGCUGUGGACAAUGAUCGUGAGAGAGCAAGCCGUGGACUGCGGCCGCUGACAUCGAGUGCUCUGUCCUUGAGUCAUGGCUCGUUCUUUCCGGCACCGUACUUGACCAAGCAUGGAGAAACGGAUUCAGGGCUUCGAUCUAAGCAUCAGCUGAUUUUGAAUCAAAAGAGAUACGACAAGUUGUUGAGAGACACAUGGCUGAUGACGAAUGGAAGUGUGUGGAGUACAAUUGCCCGAAAGCUAGAAAGCGAGGUCAACGCCGGGGGAUGGGAGACAUUGUAACAUUGCAACGAGCGAAGCUAUUAUCACUUGAUGGGACAUUGUGUUAGGACUCAUGAAUGUCGAGUAUUCAGAAUAUUGAGGCGGUGUCCUUGCCGAUAUCCUUGUUAUGUUAGAGAUAGAUGAACGACAGACUCUGAGCCUGUGCUUGGGGACAGCAAUUCCAGAACCUUCAGAAGUAUGAGCGUGUCUGGUUGGAAUCUUUCCCCUCCGUGCCGUCAUAGCGCCGACCAGCCGAGAUGUCGUUGGCGCCAUUGGAAGGACGCCAAUAUUCAUGAUUCCAGCCUGAAUGUGG